CUCAACCAUCAAAAUCCAACGGUUAAAUAGUUUUCUCUUCAACGACUAGGGGACAAAGAAGCUUUCCUUCGAUUUCGGUUAACUCCUUCUUUUCUUCAACCAUCGCUCCUGAAAAACACUUUCUCUCGUCGUUUCUUCUCAAAUUCUCCGUCAAUUCUGAAUCCUCCGAAAGUUUUCUUUUCUUCUUCGCGAAAUUCGCGGGAAAAAUGUUGGCGAUGGACUCGCGAUCUUCUUCUCUCCAUCUUCAUCGCUCAGUUGCUCGCGUUGACCUUAUCUCCGUCGUACGAAUGAAACAAUCCCCCAGAACUCCUUCUCCGAUCACGCCUCGAAUACGUAUAACUAUCUUCUGUUGAUUCCGUACCUCCGUGAUCUGUUUUAUCUUUUUUUUUGCAUCUGAAUUUUCGAGAUCCAAUAGAAUUCUGAUUCCUUAGGGUUUUAAAGUUAUAAUUGAAUGGCUGAGAGUAGAGAGUUAGGUUUACAUAAGCCUGCUAUUAGCUUGAAAGAGCAGUUAGCGAGAACUACUCUGAGGAACUUGAGGUCGCAAGGUCACACCUACGUUGAGAUUCGCGAAGACGGGAAGCGUUUCGUCUUCUUCUGCACUCUGUGUCUCGCUCCCUGCUACAGCGACGCCGUUUUGCACGGACACUUGAACGGGAGCCUUCACAGGGAGAGGUUGUCGUGUGCUAAGAUCACGCUCCUCGGUGAAAAUCCAUGGCCUUUUAAUGACGGUGUGCUUUUCUUCGAUUGUUCAAAGGGAGAAGAAGAGGAGAAGAAAGCUCAAAUCUCUGGUGGUGAAGGUGUUGCUUGUCCUUUGCUGGAUUGGUGUGAUGAUGAAAGGUUUGCUAUUGUUGUGUAUGAUGAAAACAGAGGGCAAAAUGGAGAUAAUAAUCAACCUAGUGAUGAGAUUGGUCGCUGUGGAGAUAAUCUGUUGAUCUCUGGUUUGUUGAUUAAGGAGAGAACUGUUGAUCUGGAAGCUAAGUUUAUAGGCUUUGGACGCAUAGCUGCUAGGUUGUUUGAGGCGAAAGGGCGUUCGACUUGGAUAGAUAAGCUAUGGUGCGAGUGGUUAGGAGAGGAGUGUCCUUCGGAUGAGGAGAAGGCUAGUGUCCCGGAGCAUGACUUUGCUAUUGUCACGUUCUCCUAUUUCUAUAAUUUGGGUAGGCUUGGUUUUCUCGACGAGCCGAGCCGUCUUCUCACAUCUAGUCCAGCUGAAUCAGGGAAAGGUGAAGACAAUAAUGGCAGGAAGAGGAAGAAGUCUUUUUCGGAUCCGGAAGACACUAGUGAUUCUCUGUGUAGUCAGUACGACUCUUCUGAGGAGGUCUCUUCAAGAGCUCUAAUAGCUAAUUAUGAUGAUAGUGUCGUGGACAAAAGGAUCAUCAAGAACAGAAAGGUAAGACGGGAGCUUAGGAAGCAACAGAGGAUAAAUUCCGAGAGGAUAUGCGAUGUCUGUAAGCAAAAGAUGCUUCCUGGGAAAGAUGCAGCAGCAAUACUAAACACGAAGACAGGGAAACUUGCGUGUGGUAGCAGAAACCUCCUCGGUGCGUUCCACCUGUUUCACGUGUCUUGUGUCGUGCACUGGUUUCUUUUUUGUGAGAGUGAGAUACUUGGGAGCAAGAUUGUGUGUGGAAAAGGGAAAAAGAGAUGCGCAAAGCAGAGUGGUGCGAACAUGAAUGGGUUGGUAAGCAAUGUUAGCUGGCAAAUAUUCUCAGUGUUCUGUCCAGAAUGUCAAGGCACUGGAAUAAACAUUGAAGGAGGUGAGAUUGAGAGAGACACGUUUCCGCUUUCUCAGACAUGGAGGUUCGGGGUGAAAGUGAGUGAAGGUAGAAAAGCAUGGGUGAAAAAUCCGGAAAAGUUAGAGAAUUGUUCAACAGGUUUCCAUUUUCCACAGCAGGAUAAAGAAUCGGUCAAGGGUCAGGAGGAAAGAGUGCAGAGCAUGAAACUGGUUCGUUUCUACCGAGUGGAGUUGUAACGUAGGAAACAAGCAAGCGAAGAUACACUCUAAAUGUUAUGUGUUUUGUGUAAAAAAAGGCUUUGGUCUCGCACUUUACAGUUCUUCUCACUGUAAAUCCGCUAUUACAUUUGCAUUUGUUAUUACUUAUUACUACUA